GAAAACACUUGCAUUUCCCCAUAGAGAUAGUUCAAAUCAUCAGAACAUGGCUUCUGAUUCCAAAUUCUCCCUUUUCAAUUUUGAUCAACUGGAAAUUGCCUUAAUGGAUUUCCGUGCCCAAUGGCAAACUGCAGACUUUUCAGGUCACGCUGAAUUGCACCAUAAACUGGGUAAUCUCAUCCUCCAACUCGACCAUUGGAGCUGUUUGAGAGGAAUCCUGAUUUACAUUCACAGGUGCAUCCAUGGUGCAGAAAAGGUGCAGAAUUUGGGAUCUCUCAUCGUCAAACUUGAAGCUGCAUCAGACGAGAUCGCAAAGGAACUUGUGAUUGCUCGUGCCCAGAAUCUCAUCCCAGAAAGGCCUCGGAAAGCUCUGCAUUUGCUCCGUUUGCUGGAGAAAAAGAUUGAGCCUUUCAAGCCAGAAAUCGGGCAAGUUCUUCAUCAUCUGCUUUCAGUCAGCUUACUGGAAUCUCAAACUUCUUCCUUGGACCAUUCUUUUGAAUUUGAUAGGUUCCUCCGGUCCAUACAAGGGGUUUUGAGAUACAUCUGGGCAUUUGUUGAUGACGAUCAAGAAGAACAACUGGAUGCCCUGGCGACCAAAGUAUCAUCCCUCCAAAGUUUCUUGCUUGGAGUGCUGGAUUUUAAGUUCGAAAGCUGCAGCGACACUGUGAUUGACAUUUACCUAAAUCAUGUUGCGUCUCUGGCUGUACGCAUAGCUUAUCAGUCUUAUCAUUAUUGGGUCAGGGCAAUGGAUGAAACUCCGGCACAAAGUAGUAAGGCGCUUGAUCCUCUGUAUCUUCAACAUGAGAUUGAUCCUACUACUCCAGAGGUAUUAGAGUCCAAUCUCAUAUUCCUACAACACGAGAUUGAUCCCAAAAAUCCACAGUUCUGGGAGUUGACUCUCAAUUUCCUGACAUCUCUCAACAAGAUCAGCCCUGGCCGAAAUGAAGCUUUGGCGGAUUACUUUCUCUGCUCUCUCUUAAAUUGGGAACAGGGACACGGAAUUUUCCCGAUGUUGAAGUCCUUGGUAGCCUUUGUUAUUAAUGAACCAGAGGAAUCCAGUGAAGAUAUGCAGAGUCUCUCAGAAGAAAUAAAAGUUCUGCUGCCAUUAACAGCAUCAAUCUCGGCCAAUGUGGAAGAGUUAUACUUAUUCAUUUGUCUUCUCAAAGUAGAAGUCUUUCUUAAGGAGCAACUGAUACUGAGCAGCAGCAGUACCUUCAUGAAGGAGAAGAGCCAGACUAAAGACCUAAGGGAGGUUUUGAACUUCGUUGGAAACUUUACAAUGUAUCUGCCACAGGCAAAGAUAGAAGAUGGGGAAGAAACCUUUGCAACUAUUCAAGAAAAGACUGAGAAAGUAGAAAACCUUUAUCAGUCCUUUCAUGCCAAUCUAAUUACUGAAGAGGAGGCCAGGAGUUUACUUUACGCAUGGCUUUUGGAGGUUGUCUUUACCAAAGCAGAAACCGUUGCUUCUCAGUUGUUGCAAAAUGGUGCAAGUUUGAUGGCCUUCGGAGAAUUUCAAAUUGAAACAGUUAAUCAAGGGCUGGAGUUGUUUGAAGCGUUUAUUGGCAAUCACUUGAAGGAGAUUACAACAGACAUGAACUCAAUCGUCAUACAGUUUGAAGCAGCUGCCAGGAGAGUAACAUCUCUCUUUUACUCGUUUGUUUUUGAGCAAACGACAGAAGUGAUCAUUCAGAAAAGGAUUAUUUUGUUCUCUAAUUUGCUGCACAAGAUGGAACUCAUCAAGUCAGAGCUAAGGGAGAUGUCGACACAUUUUCAUAAGUCUCAUAUCCCGAAGACUUACAGGACGGGCUUCCUUGAUUCUCUCUUAUAUAACAUAAAGGAACUGCACCAACGUGAUCCAAAGUCAAUAGCUUUAGUGAAACAUCAUAUUGAAGAGAUGCUGUUGGAUCUGGAGUCUUUGAAAUUGUCUCUCAUGAAUAUUCUUCAGCAAGAUAGCCAGGAUCCAGAUUUGAAAGACCUCGCUUCUCAUUUUAUCGAUGUGGCAUAUGAGGCGGAAUAUGUCAUCGACUUGAUAGAAGUUGGAAUUGGUGCUCAUUGGCAACAUCAGUUAUGGAUUACUGAUCUUCUUCAAGAGAUUAAAUCUAUCAAGACAAAAGCCUCUCAAAUUUUUGAGGGGAAAACUUGUGAUGCCCGAGCUCCAAAAGUCACCAAGAUAUCAAGCCCCAGACUAAUGCAAGCUAGGACCCCUAAGAUUGAUGAAACUGUGGUAUGUCUCGGUGACCAGAUGAAAGAUACUAUUGAUCGACUAACAAGAGGAUCUUUGGAGCUGGAUAUCAUCUCUAUUAUUGGUAUGCCAGGCAUUGGCAAGACAACUCUGGCCAGAAAAGUUUACAAUGAUCUCAGAGUUGAACGUUGUUUUUAUUUUCGGGCAUGGUGUUCUGUUUCACAAGAAUAUCAUAAAAGGGAUUUGUUGCUCGAAAUUUUAAGCAACGAUACCGGGCUUAAGGAUGGCAUUCACCAAAUGAAUGAUGAAGACUUGGAGAUGAAGUUGUACCAGUGCUUGAAAAAUAGAAAGUAUCUGAUCGUGAUGGAUGAUGUUUGGGAUGCUACAGCUUGGAGGGAAUUACAAAGGGCAUUCCCAAAUGAUAAGAACGGCAGUAGAAUUUUGAUGACGAGCCGUGUGUCCUUGGAGGAAGCCGAGCUAAAGACUAAUCCAUACAGCCUUCGUCCAUUUUCCAGUGAUGAAAGUUGGAAGUUGUUACAAAUGAAGAUAUUUCAUGGUGAUUGUCCCGAGGAACUAUUGGAGGUUGGGAAGGAAAUUGCUGAAAAGUGCAAGGGGUUGCCUCUUGCAAUUGUUGCAAUAGCUGGUCUUCUUGAAAGGGCGGAAAAGAAACAAAAGGUUUGGAAGACGAUUGCAGAAAGUUUAAGCUCAAGGAUUGUUGAUGAUCGACAAACGCCAUGCAUGGAGAUCCUCCUGUUAAGUUACGAGCACUUGCCUGAUCAUUUAAAAGCAUGCUUUCUAUAUAUCGGUGCAUUUUUGGAGGACAGAGAUAUUCCUGUGCGCAAGUUGAUAAGGUUGUGGAUAGCCGAAGGGUUCAUUCAGAAAAGUAAGCUGGAAGGCUUAGAAGAUCUUGCAGAGGACUAUUUGAUGGAUCUUAUCGGCCGAAGCCUUGUAACAGUUUCCAGAAAAGGAACCACGGGACAGGCCAAAGCAUGCCGCAUCCAUGAUCUUCUGCGCCAAAUGUGCUUGUCAAAAGCAAAAGAAGAGAACUUUCUACAGCUGAUCACCAGGUAUGAUGAACCAUAUACUGUAUUUGAUGAUGUAGAUGGUGGUUCUGAUUUUUAUGAGUAUCGUCCUCCAAAUCCUGUAACAUACGAGAAGCACCGAUUGUUCUUCAAUCUGAAACGGAAGCAUUUUGUUAACUCAAGCCCUUCCGGUCCUCAAACCCGUUCCUUGAUAUUCUUUGCCACCACGGACACAAACCCCAGACGUCCAUAUGAUAUCUCCUUCAUUUCCCACCACUUCAAACUUCUGAGGGUGUUGGAUUUAGAGAGCAUCAACAUUGGUAUGUCUUUUCCUAAAGGAAUCGAAUUGUUGAUUCAGUUGAGGUAUUUGGCUGUUAGUGGGGAUCUGGAAUCAAUUCCACCUUCAAUUGCCAAUCUCUGGAAACUCGAGACUUUUAUUGUUAAGGGAUUGACAGAUAAAAUUCUGUUGCCAAGUACCAUUUGGUGCAUGACGAGCCUGAGGCACCUCCAUGUAAAUAACCAAGUUGUCUUCGACUUGGAAGAUGAGCCUGAGAAUUCCUCUGCGUUAGCCAAUUUAGUUACCCUUUCCUCACCAUCUUUUUCAUAUGGGAAAGAUACAGAGAAGAUCUUAAGCAGGUUGUCCAAUCUCUGCAAAUUGAAGUGCAUAUUCAAAGAAUCCUGGGAUUCUUCUGAAAACUGCAAUCAAUUUCCGGGAUUGGAGUUGCUAACAGAGUUGGAGUCGCUGAAGAUAUUUUACUUAGGCAAGGCUCUACAUCCAGGUGAACUCAGCUUCCCAGUGAAUCUCAAGAAAUUGACACUCUCCAAUUUUCGCCUACCAUGGGAUCGAAUAUCUGCUAUCGGAGGACUAGAACAGCUUGAGGUCCUAAAUUUGGUUUCCAGAGCCUUUGAGGGAAGCGAAUGGGAAAUGAAUGAAGGCGAAUUUCUCAAACUCAAAUUCUUGAAGUUAGACAGUCUGAACAUUGCCAGGUGGACUGCCUCCGCUGAACCCCUUCCCAACCUUGAGCACCUAGAGUUGCGAAAUUGUAAGGACCUUGAGGAAGUCCCCUUUGAAUUCGCUGAUAUUCCCAACUUGCAGAAGAUUGAGGUGCAAUUCUGUGGACAAUCUACUGAAGAAUCAGUCAGAAAAAUUGAAGAAGAAGGUAUUGAGGGGCUCAAGAUCGUUAUUCACUAAGGGCCUUGAUGUGUGAGAUGAGAUCACCUUCGCCUGGUCAUUUCUACUUGAUGACAUCCACCUGUUUGCCAAUCGCAUCGUGUUUCCCAGCAGCAAGAGCGCCAUCACACCACACCACACCGUGACUGCAGUCUCAAUUACAUGGC